AUGGAGUUCCUUGCGCUAAGACAAGGAAAUUCAUAUGUGACUGAGUAUUCUGCCAAGUUUGUGGAGCUUGUGAAGUUUUAUCCACAAUGUAGUGCAGAGAUUGCUGAGUUUUCGAAGUGUAUCAAGUUGGAGAGUGGGUUGCGUCUGGAGAUUAACGGGCGAUUGAAUAUCAGCAGAUCCGUAGAUAACAUUGUUCAUUCGGCUCAUUACAAGAGUGUGAACGAGAAGAGAGGAAAACUGCAUCAUGAUCGUAAGAAGCCUUAUGAUGCUCCUGCUGAGAAAAAGAAAGAGAAGUUUUUUGGUGGGAAGAAGACAAGUGGUGGAGGAGCCCCCGCUACUACCGGUCAUCGUGCUCCUAAUUGUAAAGACGAUGGUCUGAAUUGUUUUAGCUAUGGUGAGCAGGGUCAUAUUAGUACCCAGUGUCACAAGCCAGUGAAGGAUGCUAAUGCUACCAAUACUAAUGGUAGGGUGUUUGCUUUCAGUGGAGUAGAGGAUUCAAAGAAGGACAACUUGAUUCGAGGUACUUGUUUCAUUAACGAUAUCAAAUUGGUUGCUGUUAUUGAUACUGGUGCUACUCAUUUGUUUAUUUAG